UCAGUUCAAAAAUGUGAAGUUUAACUGACAUAAUAUUGUUUGUUUUCAUAAAUUGACAGACACUGGUUUUUCAAGCCAACAUUUGGAAUACCUUUAAUGUUGCAAAAGUUAGAAAAAUUAAAUAUUUUUAACGGGCAGGAAAUAGAGUUUGGAUUUCGAUUUCCGUAGGAAUGGCUUUUCCAAAACGGCGUGAUAUAUUUCUGGCAACUUGCUUAUUGGAGUCGAUUGAAGAUGAGAAUUAUCGAAAUACUCGACAAUUAUUGGUUGAACAUCAUGCAAAUCCCAACCUAUUGAUACCUGAAAGUAACAUAGCUGCCAUACACUAUGCCGCUGGAAUGGAAAACAGUGAAUUUGCCGAAGCUGCAAUGAAACUCAUUCUGAAAUGCAAUGGAAAUCCAAAUGUUCAAACUAUAGAAGGUGAAACUCCACUGCACGUAGCAGUAAUUUGGAACCGUGCGUUAAUUGUGGAAAUGCUAUUGGACCAUGGUGCGGACCUUUCUAUCACUGAUAAUGAAAACAACACGCCGAUCAAUCAUGCAAUCACUGAGAAGCAUUACAAUUUGAUUCCAAUCUUUCAAAAUCACAUAUUUGAGAAGAAGUUACGGAAGAAGGUCGAAGCAAAGCAUUUGAAUAAUCAGUCUGAACGAACACCAACCAAACCCAUAGAUACAGUCAUUAAAUCACUGCAGCAACUGGACAUAAGAAAGAGUGCGGAUGACGACGGAGUCCUAACGCCAAAUCGUACAAAUUUCAAUUUCAAAGAAGCUAGUCCUUUCCUAGUAAACAUUAAUUGUCGACGACCAAAGUAUAGAGUAUGUGAAACAAUCAAGUCUGAAUCCAAAGACAAAUCAACUGAUGGACGACCAAUCAAUGUUGACGAAGACAUAAUUGAGAUCAGCGAUAGUGACGAUAAUGCUGAUGUUGAUACCAGAAACCACAAACUGGUGAAGAAUCUUUUUGAAUUGACUGAAGAAAAUAUUGAAAAGCACCUAUCGAUGGUAGUGAAAAAGAAGCGAAAGGGUUCAUUGAUUUGUUUGUGGCGAAAUAAAGUGAACGAAUCACGUAUGAGAAAGUCCAUACUGCCAAUAAAUGAAAUUGAGUUUGAAGCAUUCUUAUCCGAAUAUACUGAAGAUGUGGAAUCACCAUCAGUCGAAAGUGCUGAAACGAUUGUGCCAGCCAAGCCAAAAGUUGACAAAGACAGUGCGACAGAAGAUAGUUUUUUUACGGCAGCUGAUCAAAAUGGAGAAAACCAUGAAUACUUGCAGGUAGUAGAAUCAGUGAAUCAUCAGGCAAACAGCAAUCCUAAAGAUCAGACUGAAAUCAUUUUCCAAACUCAAGAAGUGUACCAACAUGUUGAUGUUCAAAACAACAUUGUGUUCUAUGAAAACAAAUUGCUGGCAAAUCAAGUGAAAAUGGCAAACAUGGAAACAACAGGUCAACAGGAAGUUAUCAAUUUGAAUACAUCAUCUGAAAGUGGAACAUGCACAGACUUAGUUAUUCCAUCUGAUUACGAUACCGACGAUUUACGAAAGGAAUUGAAAAGUUUUGGUGACCAGCCGGGCCCAAUAACGAAAAAUACGAAACGUCUUUAUUUGAAGCGGCUCGUUCGAUACAAACGUCAUCCUCGGAAUGCGGCACAGAACCAAAGAGUGAAGCGCAAUUUUUCAGUCGAACUUCAGAGAACGAUGAGAAAAGACAUAGAUUUAUUGGAUUUUAUAAACGAAUAUGCGACGCUUGAACGUCAAAUGGUCAACAGUUUUCUGUCGUGUCCUUCAAAAAACAAAAAUAUGCGGGAAGGGAACUUGAAAAAGAGCUUCAUCUACCUACUCAUCGAUCCGCGUAUUGCCGAAAAUUUACUUGCUGAAUCUCAGCUUAUUACUCCAUCGGAGCUGUGGAGCCGUUUCUUGAAUUCAAUUUUCUACGUUGGAAAAGGAAAAAGUAGUCGGCCCUACGCUCACUUGUAUGACGCCAUCAAAAUGUAUAACGAGGAAAAUUUACAUGUCGAAAAGAUGUCCGAAAGCCUUAAACUUGACCGAAUCAUCGAAAUAUGGAAAGCGGAUAAGGGUGUAAUCUGUUUGCCAGUAUUCCAUAACAUUACCCCAGUAGAGGCAUAUACACGUGAAGCAGCGAUAAUUGAUUGUUUAGGCGUGGAAAAUCUCACAAACAUUAAGAGAGGCGAUUAUUAUGGAUUGGCAAAAUCGUGGACUAUGCGGGAUCGAAAAAGACUCGGCGUAUUGCUGCUACACAAGGCCAUGCAGGUUUUUAUGGUAGAGGGAGAAAGUCAAUUACGGCCGAAUGACAUCAAAUAAAACUCACAACGAAAUCUAUUUACAAUUAGCCUGUGAUAACACUAGAAUCAAAAGUACGAAAACAAAACGUUCUUGCCCAAUACCAAUACCAUUGCAAUUACUUUCGUUAUAAUAAAUAUUCGUCAACGGAAA